AUGGAGUCACGAGGGUAUAACGUGCACGGAUGUGUGGAGGCAAUGGGAGAUAUGAAAGUUGAGGAUAAAAUUGCGGGGAUUCAGCAUUCCUUUAGCUUGCUCUACGCUGACCAAGGCCGGCUCCAGGAAGCAGAGGCUAUGUACGAACGAGCACUAGAAGGCAAGGAGAAGGCAUGGGGACGAGAUCCUACCUCAACGCUGAAUACCGUCAAUAACCUCGGUAACCUCUACACCAAUCAAGGCCGGCUCCAGGAAGCAGAGGCCAUGUACGAACGAGCACUAGAAGGCAAGGAGAAGGCGUGGGGACGAGAUCAUACCUCAACGCUAGACACCGUUAAUAACCUCGGACUCCUCUACGCCAAUCAAGGCCGGCUUCAGGAAGCAGAGGCUAUGUACGAACGAGCACUAGAAGGCUACGAGAAGGCUCUAGGUGCAACCCAAAUGUCGACCUUCAUCCCUGCAUUGCACACGCUUGAGAAUUACGGCAUUCUAUGGGAGGAGCAAGGAAAUGUUGAAAAAUCUCUGUUGUAUUAUCAGCGGGCUCUGAAUGGUGCGGAGGCUGUUUGGGGGCUUAAUAGCGAAAGUCAUACCAACAUACGCAACAGGAUAAGCUCCUUACAGCGUCACCCAUGCGAGAUACCCAAGGGACAAGAUACCAUCACAUACAGACCAACAACACUAGAAAGAAAAUGGAGAAGGGUGAGAGCGAAGUUCUCUGUCUACGUGUCGAAGGUGACCUCUAGCACUCUCUUCUUUUGCACCAGCCACGUCACUUCCGUAGUGCCGGUGAAUCUGCGCUAUGAAGUCCUCGAGGUGACAUCCGUGGAUCUGCGGAAGACAAGCGAGAAAACGAUUCUGUCCUAA